CUCCCGGUGACACUUUUCUUGCCCUUGCUAUAUCAAUACGUGUCCUAGAGUCAAUAGGUGCUUCCAUGUCUUUCACGUCCAACUUUGCCCUAGCAACGAGGGAGUUUAGAGACAACACAGCAACAGCAUAUGGGUUCUUGGAAACGUUUGCAGGACUUGGUCACGUCUUGGGCCCCUUGAUCGGUGGCGGCCUCUAUCAACUGGGAGGGUUUAGACUGCCGUUCUUCGUGUCGGGUCCACUGACGAUCAUCACAGCAACUGUAGCAUUUUUUACCUUACCAACCGAGAAAGAAGAGCAAGAUAUACCAAGAGACUACGGACAGCUAAUUAAAAUAGCAAAGAUACCGGCCAUACAUCUAGAACAAGUAGCCGUUUGGGUAGGAUAUGUUGGCUGGAGUGCUUUAAGUCCCACUCUAGGAGGUCAUUUACAGAAUGUAAGAUAUCUGACUAGAAGUGCACUGUCAUUCUAA